CACCAAGGCAUGCAUACCACCUUGUGCCUAUAUAAAGCCCUCCCCAGGCUGCCUAUCAUUGCAAGAGUUUCAGCCAACACAGAGAACUCCUCAGAACUCUCCCUUCCCUCCUGCAGGGGCCAAAGGGUUAGAGAGGAAGAGAAGUAGUUCCAAAGCCAAGCUCAUCACCUUAAUUCCAGCAACUGUUCAAUUAGCUGUGUAGCUUGUGUUGGAGCUCUUGCAGACAUACUAUUUUUAGAUCCUCUUGUAUCACAAUGGCUGGCUUUUCCCUUCAGCAUCCCUGGGCAUUCACCUUCGGCCUCCUAGGCAACGUCAUCUCCUUCAUGACCUUCCUGGCCCCAAUCCCGACGUUCUACCGCAUCUACAAGAGCAAGUCGACGGAGGGUUUCCAGUCGGUUCCCUACGUGGUGGCUCUGUUCAGCGCGAUGCUGUGGAUCUUCUACGCGCUGAUCAAAUCCAACGAGGUCCUGCUCAUCACCAUCAACGUCGCCGGCUUCGUCAUCGAGAGCAUCUACGUCAUCUUGUACUUCGUCUACGCGGACAAGAAAGCCAGGUGGUUCACUGCCAAGAUCAUGCUUGGCCUCAACGUCGGCUUCUUCGGGGCCAUCCUCCUCUUCACCCUCCUCGUCUUCCAUGGUGACAAGCGCAUCGUCACCCUCGGAUGGAUCUGCGUCGCCUUCUCCGUCGGCGUCUUCGUCGCGCCGCUCAGCAUCAUCAAGCGCGUGAUCCAGACGAGGAGCGUGGAGUACAUGCCCUUCUCCCUCUCCCUCACGCUCACCCUCAGCGCCGUCGUCUGGUUCCUCUACGGCCUCCUCAUCAAGGACAAAUACGUCGCGCUUCCGAACAUCCUUGGAUUCACCUUCGGCGUGGUGCAGAUGGUCCUGUACGUGUUCUACAUGAACAAGACACCGGUGGUCGCCGACGGCAAGGAAGCGGGCAAGCUACCGACAGCCGCCGACGAGCACGUCCUCGUCAACAUCGCCAAGCUCAGCCCGGCCCUCCCCGAGCGGAGCUCCGGCGUGCACCCGGUGCGCGAGAUGGGGCUUCCCACCAGGACCUGCGCUGCUGAAGUGGCGGCGGCGACGAGGGCGGCGCCGAACAGGGACGUGGUCGACGUCCUCGUGAGCCGCCAAAGCCCCGCCGUCGGGGUGGCCUAGACGACUCAAGCGUGCAUGGCCCAUGCAUAAUACGCUUAUAUAUUCGCACGCGACUUGCAGCUGGUCAUGAGCAACGAUGGCGAGUAAUUAUAAGUACUAAUUACCAGUAAUUAACUGCUCAUGGAAGCUGCUAAUGAAGGAGAGAUGAGAGCCAUGGAGAUGGGAAGAGAGAUAUAUAUAUAUAUACAUGUAUAUGAAGUGUGUGUAGUAGUCUUCGUCUGUUCUGCUAUUGUUAUGUCUAUUUCCGUCGAUCUAUUAUUCCUUUGUACGUGUAACGUGCUCUAAUAAUAAACUGUAUAAUCGAUAUCCCA